ACCACCAACGGGCAACAAUGCAUAGUGCUCGCGACGUCUACAAUGACAAGUGAGUGACAGUCGCUAACAUAAAAAACACCUCAAAAUGCAAUUAUAAACAACAGUUGAUAAGCGGAAAAAAUUCAAGUGAACCGACCCAGUUGAGCUAUGGUUGAUUAUUAGAGGGCAGAAUGACUUGAACGUGUUUCCCGAGUCGAACAAGCUGAACGAAAAUGUCUUCGCAAUUUUCAAGGCAAAAUGGUAAGCAGAAGAGGUUUUCCAUCGACGACGCCUUUGAGGAGGAGACCGAUGAAGCCAUUAAGGUCUAUGGAAUGGCCAGCCCGACGGCGCCUAAUAGCAAACUGGGGCAGGGCGAUUCCAUAACUGUUACUAUUGAAAAUGACAGACGGUACAAACCGAUCCUGGACACGUCUAGGGACAGCGACUCCUUAAUCCAGGACUACUAUGAGUGCUCCAGUGACGAGCACAUUCACAAAUCGUGCUUUACACAUCCCAAAGUACGGGAAAACUGGCGAAUGGUCUUGGCAGCUACCACGCUGUUGAUUAUUGGGACUGGCCUGUUGGUGACGGGCACCCUCACCCUGAAUGAGCCCCAUUCCAUGCUGCAGUCCUCAGUGUUUCUAUUGGCCGGUUUCAUCUGUUUCAUUCCUGGUGCCUACCAUGUGGUUUACAUCUACCUGGCAGCGAAGGGUAAGCGAGGUUAUCACUUCCACAACUUACCACUGUUCACAUAAGCUUGAUAAUCACUGGUUUGCGAUUACUAUUAUUAUGACUUAGUCCUGGCGGGUAUUGUAUUUAUUAUUUGGUUGUUCUUAUAUUUAGGUCGUUUUGUAUCGGAGAUUUGUGUAAAUUUAGGAAAAUUAUCCAAUUGAGCCACGGUAUGAGUGUAAAUAUUUCUGUAGAUUAGCUCAAGUUCAUCACAGUAGCUUCGAAUGGAAUCUCUGUUAACAUUUGCCAUAUCUAGCAUUCCGUCGGUUGGACUAUUUUGGUUGUUUUUUUCUAAUUACGAAGCCAAAGCAAUUUUUUUUAUGCAAUGCAAUUAGCGAUAGAGGACUUAAGCGAUCUGACAAGGUGUUUCUAAGUAGGUAAUAGCCGUACUUAUUUAAUUAUACUUUAUAUAAACCGC